UUCAUUAGGCCUUUUCCAGCUUUCCUUCUUCAUUUCCCCUUCUGUAUUCUUUAAUAAGAAGAAUGAAGUAUUGCCUCCCUACUCUCUCAAAUCUUUAUCUUUCUACUGAUUUUUUACCUAAUUAUGGCUUCUUCCUGCCAUUAAAGAUACAGCACAGCGCUCAGUAUUUCUCAUCAACCCCAUACCUUCGCCUUCGCAAGAAGUGUUACUCUGUUGCUUCGAACUCUUCCACUUCCUUUCGAAGAACAACAAAUUAUCAGCCGAGCUCAUGGAAUGACAGUCAAAUACAGACUCUGAAUACUACUACUUUCACUGGAGAUGUGCAUGAAAAGAGAAGAGAGAAGCUGAAGGAGGAUGUGAAGCGUCUUAUUAAGGAGAAGAGUUUUGCUGAUCAGCUGAAGCUUUUUGAUUCAUUGCAAAAGCUUGGGGUGGCUUAUCAUUUUGAAGAUGAAAUCAAAUAUUUGUUAAAUUUGAUGAAAUAUUCAGAAGAGAAGUUAAGAAUGGAAUUCACUGAGGAUGUUAAUUUCAAGGCCUUGUAUUUUAGGCUUUCAAGGGAGCGUGGCUUUGAGGUCUCCAAAGAUUUAUUGGUUAAAAGCUACAAAGAUGAGAAGGGGUGCUUCAAGCCUUGUGUUUUUCAUGAUAUCAAAGGAUUGUUAAGUCUCUAUGAAGCUUCAUUUCUUUCUAUGGAUGGAGAAGAUGAAAUAGAUGAAGCAAAGGAAUUUGCUCUGAAGCAUCUAAAUGAUUGUAUGAGGUCAAAUUCUUUAACAAAUCCAGCGCUUGCAAAACACAUAGCCCUAGCUUUGGAGCUUCCUUUGCACCAUAGAAUUCAGAAGCUUCAGGCUCCAAUGUUCAUCGAGCAUGCUCGCAACAUGAAAGAGCUUGAUGUGGACCCAAUCUUGCUUGAAUUUGCUCAAUUGGACUUCAACAUGACCCAAAACAUCUACAACAAAGAGCUCAAGGAAAUUACAAGGUGGUGGACAAAAAUAAGUAAUCUAGCUGGUGGUGAGUUAAGUUUUGCAAGGGAAUGGCCUGUGGAGAGUUACUUCUUAGCAGUAGGUGUGGCUAUGGAACCUCGUUUUUCAACAUGCAGAAAAGAAUUUGCUAAAGCGAUAUGCUUCAUAAAUGUAGUAGAUGAUAUCUAUGACAUAUACGGCUCAUUGGACGAGCUACAACUCUUUACUGAUGCUAUUGAGAGGUGGGACUUUUCUACAAGCAAAUCACUUCCUGAAUACAUGAAGAUAUGCCUUUCAGAAUUAUUCAACACAAUGAAUAGCUUAGCAUGCAAAAUUAUGGAAGAGAAGGGGUUGAAUAUUCUCCCAUAUCUUAAAAGAGCGUGGUUAGAUUUAUGCAAAGCAUAUAUGGUGGAGGUAAGAUGGUAUUACAAUGGAUAUUGCCCUACAUUUGCAGAAUAUUUAGAUAAUGCAUGGAUUUCAGUUGCAGCCCCUUUAGGUUCAGUUAUGACACUUUGUCUGAGUGAGAACUUAACAAAUUUAUCACUCGAAGGCUUUGACUUCUAUCCAAGCAUCAUCCGCCAAUCAUCUAUUAUUUUUCGGCUUUACAAUGAUUUAGGAACAUCAAAGGGUGAGCUCCGCAGGGGAGAUGUUUCAAAAUCCCUCCAAUGUUAUAUGAAAGAGAAGCAUGUUUCAGAAUUAGAGGCACAAAAGUGCAUGAAGAGUAUUAUAAAUAAAUGCUGGAAAGAAUUAAAUAGAGAAUGGAUAAAAGCUUCAAGAUAUGAAGAAACAUUCAAAAUGGUUGCAAUAAACUUGCCACGAGUUGCCCACCUUUUUUAUCUACAAUCAAACGACGAGAAUGUUGUUGAGCUUAACUUGGAGAAAAUGAAUGACUAUGUCAUCUCGCUUUUCUUUAAACCCAUUACAUUGAAAGAAGGAUGAUUAAUGGACAAUUGUAUUUGUUAUUGGCUGUAAAUGGAAAUUGAACUAAAAUUAUACUAUAUAUAUAUAUAUAUAUAUUAGCUUGAUUGGGUCUCUUAUGUAGUGAAAAUAAAUAUCAAAAUAUUUACUUCUUUCAUGAUGUAUAUGGUUAAAUAUCUAAAACUUCCAAUUAUGAUAUUAGUUGGCUUCACCAUCCUUCAUCCUUCUUCAAUAAUUCAUGCCAAAUUCUAUGAACCACUUUUAGA